AUGUCGGAUAUCGCACGUGCGGCUGCGUCUGUCGACCUGACUCAUCGAGUCAAAUUCACUUUGCUCCCGCUUCCUCGCCCAGCCUCUCGCUCAGUUCUCGCGCACCGUCGAUAUCCGUUCAUUCCGGGUCGCUUCACAGCACUACGGACACAUCUACGCCGGGGAUGGCACCCUCGGUCUAUCAACCGCCUUUGCUUGAGGGGUGGCUCAGCGGCUUCUGCGUCCAACUGCGUCUCCAAGACGUCGGGGAAUGACCCCUAUCUCGAGUUCGACUUAUGGGGCUGUGCAUCGGCCCGAUCGACGGGUCCGGAGCUCGAUAGCUCCACCGGAACCCGCUGGUCACCUCUUCCCUCUGCCUUGUUCUCUCUCGACAUACGGCGACCGCGCAUGUUCAGCGGCGCGCGAACGCCUUUGUAUCGUCGCGCCUUUACAGCCUACUCUUUGGAACAACAGCCCGCGCCACCGCGCUCUUCAGCGGAAGCCAUUCGCUCGUACAACAGCGACGCUCGCUCGUAG